AUUGAUGGUUGCCUGUGUUUUGAACAAAACUGGAUAUUGUUGAAUAAAUUUACGUUCUGAACAACAACCUUGCGCUGAUCAUCCCAGAAUGACUGAUAAAAAUGAAGAACUUCCAGCAACAAGAGGAGUACUGCAAAAGUACAAAACCAUGUUGGAAAAAUGCUUGAGAGACUAUGAAGGAUUAGAUAGGGGCCUUGCAGCUUUGAGGUUUCAGUUAGAAGAAAGACAACAACUUGAGUCAAAAGUUGAAUCUUUGGAAGAAAACCUAAGGUUGACUAAUGGUAUUUUGGGCAGGACCCAAGCUCUGUUAUUGACAGAACGCAAUAAUUGCCAACAAAUGGCUCUUCAUAUUGAUCUUCUUAGAAAACAACAUGAAUUGGAUCGUGAAAAGUUAGACCUCCUCCUUUCCCUGAAUGGAAAACCUGUACCAAAUCAUUAUUUUCAAGGAGAACUUGUCUUGAAGCAGCAUUUAGCAAAACUGGAUAAACUAAUGAAAGAACAAGCGUCUAAGUUGCUUGAUGAGCGAUCUCUCUUAAAAGAGGAAUGGGAAAAAGAAAGACGGAUAAAUGAAAAAUGUAAAAAAGAAUUGAAACAAAGAAUCCAGGACCUAAAGGAAAAACUUUUAUUGGCAAAUGACUAUAGGGUGCAACGUAGCCAAAAACACAUACAGGACUUCCUUUCUGGGAAAACUAUAGCUGACUGUGAUUAUCUUUUUGAUCAUUGUAGCACUCCAAGUGCCCGAGGAACGAAAGUGGAGCAUUGCACUGACCAGGAAAUUAAGAGAUUACGAAAAAAGGUUGCUGAACUUGAAAAAGAAAUAGAAUUGUAUCACAAAAAAUUGACAGCACAGAACAAUAUGGUGCAAGAAAUUAAAGAUGAAUCUCAAAAGAGAGCAGAAAAAUUUCAAACUCAAAAUAAGGCUAUGAAAGAAAUGAUGGAGAGAUUAAAAGAGGAAAACAAUCAGUUGAAUAAACGUAGGCUAAUCGAAGGUUCCGGUUUCCGCAACGAAGUAAAAUUAUUAAAGGAUCAACUUGACAGGACUCAGCGCCAGCUUUGUUUCUUAACUUUGCGAAAGUGUGAAGAAUGAAUUAUCCUGGCGGCUUUUUCGCAUUUUUUUUUUCUCUAUUUCAG